GCGAAAUUGCCGCGUGCGGUUUUGUUUAUAAAUACAAUUGGACCAAUUGGCGAAAUUCCUCGUUAUAAUCGACCAGACAACCAGAAGGAUUUUUCGCCAACGAACCAUUCAGGAUGCCCGUGGUAGAGGGUAGCGAUCUGGUGCUGUUGCAGCGACGUCGGCAACAGGUGCGCAACAUCUGCAUUUUGGCGCAUGUGGAUCACGGGAAGACCACUCUGGCGGAUUCCUUGGUGGCCAGCAAUGGCAUCAUUUCACAGCGGAUGGCGGGAAAGCUGCGCUACCUGGACAAUCGAGCGGAUGAACAGGAGCGCGGCAUCACGAUGAAGAGCAGCAGCAUUUCUUUGUAUUACCAGGAACCAGAGGAAUCCGCUGGUAAUCCGGACUACCUCAUCAAUCUCAUUGAUUCACCCGGUCACGUGGACUUUUCCAGCGAAGUAUCCACGGCAGUUCGUCUAUGUGAUGGUGCCAUCGUCGUGGUAGAUGUGGUCGAAGGCGUGGGUCCCCAAACUCGAGCUUGCUUAAAGCAAGUCUACGAGGAGCAACUAAAGCCCGUCUUGGUUCUCAACAAACUUGAUCGUCUGAUCCUAGAGAAGCAGAUGGAUCCACUGGAUGCCUACUUCCAUUUAACCCAAGUCCUCGAGCAAGUUAACGCCGUUUUGGGUAGCAUUUUUGCCUCAGAUAUUUUGGCCAAAGAGGAUAUAACCAAAAAGGAUAACUAUGAGUCUGCCUUGGAGGAAGUGGAUGACUCGGAACUAUAUUUUACACCCACUUCUGGUAACGUUAUAUUCUGCUCCGCCUAUGAUGGCUGGGCUUUCUCCGUUCGGGAUUUCGCCGCCAUGUAUGCCAAGCGUUUGGAGAUGAAUCGCAAAGAUUUGGAGCAGGUUCUCUGGGGCGACUUCUACUACAACUCGAAGAAAAAGGAAGCUUUGCCGGGAGCUCAGGAGAAGGCCAAGAAACCCAUGUUUGUUCAAUUCGUUUUGGAAAACAUAUGGAGUCUCUACGAUAUUAUAGCCAUUAGAAAGGAUAAGGAUAAGCUGCCUGGAAUAGCUGAGAAACUGGGUCUCAAAUUGGCUGCCAGAGAUUUGCGUCUCACAGAUCCCAAGCUGCAAAUCAAGGCGGUUCUUGGACAGUGGCUACCCAUCGACAGGAGUGUCUUGCACAUGGUAGUGGAGCAUGUUCCGCCACCUCACAAAAUUAGCGAGGAGCGAGCACAAAGAUUACUUUAUCCUGCGAACGUGGAUUUGAGUUCCCUGCCGCCGGAAACAUUGAAACUCAAGGAGAGCUUCACAAGCUGCGAUGCCAGUAGUUCCAAUGUCAUUGCAUUUGUGUCCAAAAUGACGCCAGUUCACAUAAGCCACUUACCCCAGAAUCGACCCAAGAGGCUAACAGAUGAGGAGGUGCAGCAGCGCAGGGACGAAGUGCGUCGUCGCAUUGAAGAACGGAAGCUGCAAACUGAACAAACGGAGCUGGAGAAGAUCAGUCAGGGCGUGGAGCAGCUGAGCACCCAAGUGGAGGUAUCUAAAACGGAGGAAGAACCAAAACCCGAAGAAGGCGAGUCCAACGAGUUUGUUUUCAUUGCGUUCGCCAGAGUUUUUAGUGGCACUUUGAAACGCGGCAUGGAGCUGUUUAAUCUGUCGCCUAAGCACGAUCCCCGCCAGCCGACGCAUCGCAAGGAGGAGGAGGCUCCCUACGCCAGUCGUGUGACCAUCGGAGAUCUCUACAUGUUUAUGGGCGGUGAGCUGCAACUGCUCGAUGAAGUGCCUGCUGGGAAUAUCGUGGGAAUCGGUGGUCUGGAAUCCCACAUCGUUAAAACAGCAACUUUGAGUAGCAGCUUGGACUGCACCUCCUUCAGCGAACUGAGCAUCAUGGCUACUCCCAUUCUCCGCGUGGCCAUCGAACCCGUUCAACCGCAGGAUAUGCCCAAGCUGGUGAAAGGAUUAAAGCUCCUCAACCAAGCAGAUGCCUGUGUCCAGGUUUCUGUGGCUCCGACGGGCGAGCAUGUGAUCACCACUUUGGGCGAGGUCCAUGUGGAGAAGUGCGUCCACGAUCUGGAGCAGAGCUACGCCAAGAUUAAGGUUAAUGUUUCCAAGCCGAUUGUCUCUUUCCGGGAAACUAUUGUUCCCGCUGCCACGGUGGAUAUGGUUAAUGAGGCGAUUGUAAAGACGGCGGAGGAUAAGGAUGUGAGCAAGAAGAUCGCCGUUCAGCAGACGCUUAAUAAACUUGGUACCCUUAAGGUGCUAGCGGUGCCUCUUCCAGCAGAAGCUGUGGAGUUGCUGGAAAAGCACUCGGAGUUCUUUAAGGAACUGGCUGCCAUUCCUCGUAAUCAAGUGCUCUCGGAGAAAUGGACCACUCUGCUCGCCUCCAUAAAAGUAAAACUGAUAGCAGCUCUGCAGGAUCUGCAAUUGUUUGGUUUGAGUAACCUAACCGCCGAGGAGCUUGUGAAUCGAAUCUGGGCUUUGGGUCCCCGUAACUGUGGAACGAAUAUCCUACUCAAUCUUACUGAUUACGAGCAGCCCGACUUCUGGUCAAGUCACGCCAAGUCCUCCGAUACGGAUAUUCGUUCCAAGACCGACCCGCGCAAGGAUUUCAAUAGUUCGCUGGUGAAUGGCUUUCAAUUGACUUCGGUUGCGGGUCCUUUGUGUGAAGAACCCAUGCAGGGCGUUUGUUUUGCGGUGCUCGAGUGGUCAAUUCAAUCCGAUGGAGAGGACUUGAACGCCAGGGGUCCCUUUUCCGGUCAGGUUCUCACUGCCGCCAAGGAAGUUUGUCGUCAGGCGUUUCAAAAUCAGCCACAACGAUUGGUUACUCCAAUGUACAGCUGCAAUAUUGUGGUCAACGCGGAAAUGUUGGGUAAAAUGUACGCGGUAAUUGGCCGGCGGCACGGCAAAAUUCUCUCCGGUGAUUUGACCCAAGGCAGCGGCAACUUCGCGGUCACCUGUCUGCUGCCGGUGAUCGAGUCGUUCAACUUCGCCCAGGAGAUGCGAAAGCAGACAUCUGGCCUGGCCUGUCCCCAGCUCAUGUUCAGUCACUGGGAGGUGAUUGAUAUCGAUCCCUUCUGGCUGCCCACAACCGAGGAGGAGCUGAUGCACUUCGGCGAGAAGGCCGACUCCGCCAACCGGGCCAAGGUCUACAUGGACAGUGUCCGCCGAAGGAAGGGACUCUUCGUGGACGAGCAGGUGGUGGAGCACGCCGAGAAGCAGCGCACCCUCUCCAAGAACAAGUGAUUCUCUGGCGAUUCAUUCGGAUGAAAAGUAUGGUGGUUAAGAUGAUGGAUAGUUACCUAAAAAUGCACAGUGACAAACUAAAGAAUUUUCGCUUGAUUUUAAUUAAUUUUUUGUAAUUUUAUCCUAACAUCUUUCAAGAUAUCUUUUGUUUAAUCUAGUGUAGGAUUACUAGUAAAUUUACUUUUUAGUUUUUACAUGUGGCAAGUAAAAAGGUGUAAAAUUAAUGUACAGAUUCAAAAGUCAACAAUACGAAAAUAUAUAAAAUUAAAUGAUUUAUGAAAAUUUAUAUUUUAUUACAUUAUAUUUUUUAAUUGUCACAUCAACAAUUUCUAAAUAUU